GUACAAGACGUCGACACUUCACCGACAAAAAUGCCUAAUAUAUUUCGCGAGGCUUCAUCGGCCCAACAUUACGACAUUAAGGAGCGUACGACGUCAAGUUGCUUAGUGUUCCUCUGCAUUUUAUCUAUUCCGCCCGAUAUCAGAACAUUUAGUGCUUCCAGACGUGGCCGCUACUUCCGGAAGUGCAACACACUUCCGGAUUCGGGUCUCGUCUCUCGCGUGCUUGCGGCCUUGCAAAAUACGUUUUUCUUCAGUUUUCGACGAGGAAAUAUCUAGCUUUAGUCUAAACUACUCAGCUUUUGUAUUGUUUUGGUGACUUGUGCUGCCAUGGAGAAGCACAUUCUGAGCUUGUUGAAGUCCCAGAGCUCGUGUCUGCUCUCGGAGGAGAAGUACAACAACAUCGUUCGAGUGCUCCGAGGAGAGCCGCUGAAGAUGGAACGACAGCAGCAGCACAGGUUCAGACACUAUGUUCUCAAGGCCAAGAACUUCUGCCUGAUAAAUUUCCCGGAAUUCAACCUGACUGAUGUUCUCUGUGUACCUGCCACAGACAAACAGAAGAACAGCAGUGGCCCCACCCUCCUUGGCCAGUAUCGUCUUGUAGCUCAUGCUGGGCAGAUUCAAGGGAUAUUGGAACGUGUGCAUGCUGUUCAGAAUAAUCAUCUUGGCUAUAAGAAGACCCUCCAUCAGAUCCAGCAGUCCUACUCCAACAUACCAAGGUCUGUAGUGCAGCUCUUCAUCAACCUUUGUGAAGUCUGCCAGCAAUCAAGACGCAGAAGCAAGAGCACAGUGCACACACCUGUCCUGUCAACUGGAUUCAUGAGUAGGGUCCAGAUUGACCUGAUUGAUCAACGCCACGCCCCUGAUGGCAAAUACAAUUGGAUUGCCCACUUCAUGGAUCACUGGUCCAAGUUUCAUGUCAUAUGGCCGCUCACCUCCAAAACUCCAAAGGAAGUUGCAGAAGGCCUCAACACCAGGGUGAUCCCCUACCUUGGACUUCCCAAGAUCUUCCAGUCAGGCAAUGGAAGGGAUUUUGUAAAUCAGCUAGUUCUUCAGCUUGUUGCUGAGUGGGGAGCAGAUGAUGCCUUCUUUGUGAAUGGCAGUCCAAAGCACUCACAAUCCCAGGGCAAAUACAGCAUUGAGGAGGAGAUCUGCAAAUGUCGUGCACAGGCUGGGUUGGAUGGUGCGAAGGAGUAUCCAUGGGCAUCGUGGCUGCCCAGGAUCCAGUUUAUAUUGAACAACGUGCGCAGUGAAGCUACCCAGCAAACUCCAUAUGAACUGGUCUUUGGACAUUCCAGUCACUCAGACCUGUACUCUGGAGUAUGUGUUGAUGGCAAUGUCAUCAUGAAGAAGACCUACCAGCUACCACCGAAGUGGUCAUAGAUGAUGAAAUUGCCCAGACCGCCUCAGUAAACGAUGAUCACGAGUUCGUGGGAACACCCGAUUCACAUCUGAGUGACAGUGAGAACGAUCCUUCAUCACCUCAGGGGGAUGACGGCUCAGCAUCAGUUUCCAGUGUCAAAGAGUCUGAAAAUGUGGCGGAUGGCAAUAUGUCCUCCAGCCAUGAGCCUCCCAGAGAGAACAAGAGUGCUGAAGACUU